CAAUCAGUAAUUACGCUUAGCAAAAGAUGUUAAAAUAAAUCUGAUGUGACAUGAAUAAAUCAUGUGACAUGAUAAAUCAUGUUUUCUCUUCAGCUUGAUAAUUUGUUAUUUAAUAUGCGUAAGUAAUCGCCGAGGAAUUAAAUACGUGCUUUCCUCGUUGGUUUCUUAACACGUAGAGUCGUAUCUGAAUCAAAGAUAUUCCAGUUAAUCAUCUGAACUUUUGAAAUUUGCGCACGGUGUGCGUGCGAUUUGCUAAAAUAAGAUACGAAUACCCUGAAUAUAUGAAGCUGCCCUCAUCCAGCCAAGUACCAAUAAGGUACUGUUUGCUGUUUGAAAGAAAGAAACUGAAAGGAAGAAUGGAGCACAGGUGCUCGAGGAUGUUUUUGCUUCUCGCGGUGUUAGAUACCACGGCGUUCAUUGCUGCCGGUGAAAAUCAAACUGUUCCAACGACAGCAAUUAAAGAAGGACUAAAUAACCCUUUACUUGAAUCACGUCACCAUGACCUACCUAGUGUCUUACAAUUAUUCACAACGGCGGCAGAGAAGGAGGAGAAGAAAGACAAUCCAGUGAUCGAAGAUGAAGUGAUGAACCUUGCGAAUAAGUCGAAAAGCCUGUUGUUAAAACGUCAGGCGAGAGACAUGAGUUGGAAGUUCUCGGAAACUGAAACUGUGUCCGAGACGGAGGUUGAGACGAACUCGUCUGAACCGGGGAACGAUUCCUGCGAGACAACGGCUCUGAACUAUGGCCACAGGCACAAAGUUGGAGCCAUGGUUCAUGAAUAUUUCUGUGAACUGGACAAGGUGAUUCGUUACAUCGCGUCGAUCGUGCAAGACUUCAAGCCUGGAUCGCCGUUGGUCGUCGCGCUGAACAUAACCGACGACGUGUUCUCGUUCACCGAGCUUGCACUUGACGGAGACCUGUCCCAGCUUAUAGAAACCGUUGCGACACGUAUCGAGGAGUUGUUGAAACAUCCUGACAGCUUGAAAUCGUUGAUGACCAUCGUGAAGAAGUACAUUCGCGUCAUCACUCACAUUGUGAAGAGCGUGAUUAAACUGGCGAACAAUAUUAAAAAGUUUACAGAUCACGUCAAGCAUCUCCUCGCGUACUUCCAAUUCGACUUCAAACAUACGUUGAAAAAAUUCGAGAACAGCGUCGUCAUUCUUGGCAAGAAGGUGUUGAGCUUCUUUUAUGGAUACGUGUUGAAUCCUGCGGAGGAGAUCGCUGAUUUGUUCGUCGAAGCGGUUACGUGGGUGGAGACGACGGCCGAUAAUUUGAUAACUUACAUUCGCCAAAAGUUGUUUCGGCAUUUGGCGUUCUUCGAGGAGGGCGUCGACAUGUUGCAAGCAUUUUUCAGCGGAUUCUUUGCUUCCGGAUUCUCGCGGACUUUGAUCGAAACGCUGCAGCUCUUCGGACUAUUCGAGAAAACUACAACGUCCCACAGUACAAACAUUACGAUGAGCGAAUCUUCGUCGGAAACAUUAACUCGGGAUUAGCACUGGAUGAGCAGGAUAUUGAUACCUAACCUAA